GUCUGCCGCAGCAGAGUAAACAGCAUGCGCGUGCGGUCGGCUGGGUUUCUAAUUUUAUCAGCGGGACUGGAGGCGCUGGGCAAAAAAUAAACAUCUUCCGAGAAACGGGAUAUCUCUAUGUGUGCUUUUAGAGGAAAGCAUAAAAAAAAGAAAGAAAAACUCGUCAAAUAACGACUAACAGGCAAAAUGCCGGCACACCAAAGUAGAUCCCGAACUAGGGACAGGAACAACGUCCUUAACAGACCCGAAUUCAUGUCUUUGAACCAACCCCUGCGGGGCAACGCUGAAGUCCGAAGCGCCUCGCGCCGUCAGAGUGGACCCAAAGCGUCGCUGGGCCAGCACGAGUGCCCCACUCCAGGCGACGGGGUCAAGGACCGGAGAGAGUCCUCUCAGCUGCCCGAAGAGGACUGCAUGCAGCUGAAUCCCUCCUUCAAGGGGAUCGCCUUCAACUCGCUGCUUGCCAUUGAUAUCUGCAUGUCAAAGCGGCUUGGGGUCUGCGCUUACAGCACCUCCUCCUGGGGCAGCGUCCGCUCCAUGGUCACCCUGCUGGCCAUCACUGGGCACGCCAUCCCAUGGAUUGGAGGCACCCUGCUUUGCUUGACCAAGAGCAGCACGCUUGCGGGUCAGGAGGUUCUUGUCAAUCUACUGCUGGCACUGAUCUUGGACAUUAUGACAGUGGCUGGUUUGCAGAAGCUGGUGAAGCGCAAGGGCCCUCUAGAUAUGACCCACAGCUUUAUGGACUACAUUGCCAUGGAUAUGUAUGCCUUCCCCGCGGCCCAUGCCAGCCGAGCAGCUAUGGUGUCAAAGUUCCUCCUCAACCACCUCGUCCUGGCUGUGCCCUUGCGUAUCCUCCUAGUCCUGUGGGCCUUCCUGGUGGGCACUUCCCGGAUUGUUUUGGGCAAGCACCACCUGACGGACGUCUUCUGUGGCUUUGCGCUGGGCUUCCUCCAUUACAACUUGGUGGAGAUGGUGUGGCUCUCGUCCAAUACCUGCCAGACACUUCUGUCCAUCUGGACACUGAGCUGGAGUCCACUUUUUAAAUGAGACGGCUCAGUCUGCCCUUUGUAUUUGUAUUUGCAGAAGUUCUUUUUUUAAAAAAAAAAUAAUAAUAAGUCUCCUUGCGGAAGCGGAUGGGUUUGUUUUUGUGGAAUCUGUGAUGGGCAGUUUUGUUUUUUUUUUUUCUCUUCUUGGCAGUUCAUAGACGAAGCUUUUUAUGUAAGGAGACAUGUCCGCCCAAGUGUGGAAUCUCUUUGACUGUGAUAGAGUGACUAGAGCAUCCUUGACAAAAAUGCAUGGCAUUGAGGGCCACUGGCGUCCACUGGUGUCGUUGGCAAAGAAAAUGAGGGAUUUCUGGUGCCGUCGCGGCCCUGUGUGCUUUAAGCAGCAGAGUGCAAAGCCAUGAAACACAAGAACUUGUAGGCUCUUGCAUGUCUUCUUUUACAUGUGUCUCUUGCUGAACCUGGAGUGAGAAAGGUUAGAUUUUUGUAAGAAUAUGUAAAAAUAAAAAUUUACUACUGAUAAUGAGUAACAAA